AUGUCGCAACCCAAUUAUCUGGACGAUCCGCCCUCCUACGACGCCUCUUCCACCAACGCAAAGCCUCGAGACCCUUCCCAGACUCCUAGCAACAGUACCAUCGGACCCACUAACCGCCUGCCCCGACCUCCUCCACUGCAACUUCCGGCGCUUCAACUCCUUCGCAACAAGCGUGUCCUUCUUGGUAGCCUGUCUCCUAGACGACGGCAGCUGCUUGCUCAGAUUGGCCUAACCAAUAUAGAAGUGGUCGGCUCGAACUUUGCGGAGAACAUUGAAGACCGGUCAUCGCCAUUCGAGUAUGUGCUGGCAACCGCGACCGCUAAAGCGAUGGCCGUAUACAAGCAGGAGGCGGACAACGACGAGAGGGGCGAGCCAGGACUGAUUAUCGCGGCCGACACGAUCGUGGUGCACGCCAACGGCGACAUCCUGGAGAAGCCGCGAAGCGAGGUCGAGCACAUCACGAUGCUAAAGAGCCUGCGCGAUUGCGGCUUCCAUAGAGUCUACACGGCGGUUGCGAUGAUGAUGCCGCUGGCAAGUGCGCGAGAUCCGGGAUACGCGCUGGAGACCGCAACGGAGGAGACGCUGGUGAAGUUUGAUCCGGAUGUGACGGACGAGCUGCUUCUGGCGUAUGUUCGGACCAGAGAGGGGGCUGAUAAAGCGGGAGGCUACGGUAUUCAGGGGACAGGUGCGAUCCUGGUGGAGAGAAUUGAGGGCAGCUUCGACAAUGUCGUGGGGCUGCCAUUACGGGCAACAUUGAAGCUGAUCGAGCAGGUGGUGGAGAAGGCAGAUGAUGAGGACAUGCUAGAUGGAGAGGGAGAUCUAGAUGAGGCCGAAUAG